AUGCGAGAAUCUGUUUACGAGGAAACCGAAAAGAGCUCUGCGUCGUCGAGUCCGGAUCUCACACCCACACCUUCAUCAUGGUCCGAGAAGAGCAUACGAGAGCCCCUUGACGAGGAGAUUGCAGAAACACCUCGCCCACAAUCUUUGGAUCUGGAAAGGACGCCCACAAAUGUCCUCAAUAGGAUUGCGUCACAUGUAACAACACAUUCUCUCGCGGAACCUGGCCCUCCACCGGAUGGCGGCACCAGAGCUUGGUUACAAUGCGCCAUGGCCUGGCUCGUAGUCUUUGCAUCGUGGGGGUACUGCAAUUCCUUUGGUACCUUUCAGACAUACUACACGCAAAGCCUUGGAGAAACUCCCGCAACGAUCUCGUGGAUCGGCUCGAUUCAGGUUUGGGUACUGUUCUUCCUCGGAACUUUCGCUGGUCGUGCUAUGGACGCUGGAUACUUUAGACCUACCUUCGCUGUCGGUGCUAUCUUCCAGCUCGUCGGAAUAUUCAUGACCUCCAUCUCUACCAAAUACUGGCAGCUUUUCUUGGCCCAAGGCGUCUGCACUGGUAUUGGCUCGGGCAUCUUGUUCACACCCUCCAUGGCACUUCUGAGCACCUACUUCUCUAGCCACAAAGGCAUCGCCGUGGCGCUGGCAACUACUGGUAAUUCGGCUGGUGGUGCUCUGUACCCACUCAUCGCUCGCCAGCUUCUUGCCCAAAUUGGAUUUGGAUGGACUAUGCGUGUCCUUGGUCUGAUCAAUAUGAUUUUUCUGGUGACCGCCGGUCUCGUCAUGAAGCCCAGGCUUCCACCCCGCAAGUCUGGACCCCUCAUCGACUUUGCCGCGUUCAAGGAGAUUGAGUAUAUGCUUCUCAGCAUUGGCUUGUGCUUCCACAUGUCAAGCCUGUACUUUACAAACUGGUACAUCGCAUCUUACGGCCGCGAUAUGCUCGGUCUCUCAUACGCCAACUCCAUCAUUCUGCUCAUUGUCCUCAACGGCGUCGGUAUCCCUGCUCGCGUCCUGGUUGGCUAUAUCGCAGACCGCUAUCUCGGCGCCCUCAACACCCUCAUACCCGUGCUGCUGUACGUCAACGUCCUCGCCUUCUGCUGGAUGGGAGUCACUUCUCAAACCUCCCUCUACGUCUUCGUGUCCUUCUACGGUCUUGGCCUCGCAGCCUUCCAGUCCCUCAUCCCCACCACGGUGGCUAGAAUGACAAAGGACAUCAGUAAAGUGGGCACGAGGAUGGGUAUGGUAUUUACCUUUUUGUCGUUUGCUUCUCUAGUGGGUCCACCUAUUGGUGGUGCGUUAUUGUCGGCUGACAAAGGGGCGUACCUUUAUGCUCAAGCAUGGUCUGGGGCUUCAGCUGCUGUGGGCACGUCUUUGGUGCUUGCUGCCAGGGUCUAUGCGUUUGGGUGGACCAAAGUCAAGUGCUAA